UCAUUCGGUUGACAACGACCCUGGUGCGCGCACGUCAACAUGUCGAAAGAAGACGUGAUGAAAGCUGGCCUCUACUGCGUUAACGUGGUCUUCGCUGUUUUUGGAUUGGUCACCGCCGCAGUGGGAAUAUGGUUUUUCGUGCAACUAGCAGAGUUCGUCGGCUUAAGAAACAGCAACCAUUAUUUACUGGACUACCGCGUGUACUGGCCUCAAGUGGCGCCAUGGCUCUUCAUUCUUCUCGGAAUCUUCAUUAUGAUCGUCGCAUUCUGUGGAUGGUGUGGUGCUAGUAAAGAAAGCAGAGGACUGUUAGGAAUGUACGGUGUUGUAAUGCUCGUAAUCGUAUUGCUACAAAUAAUCUCAGCAGUUCUGAUAUUCGUUUUCGUCGAUGGUGAAUAUACUGAUAGAUUUAUCAAGGAUACAGUGUAUGAUGGUUACUAUAAUUCUCAGUCGAAUCCGGAUGUGUAUAGGCAGUUCGGAAGGAUCGAAAGGAAACUGAAGUGCUGUGGUGCUAAUGACGCAAGAGAUUACAGGAGUUGGAGGAAUGAUUUGCCUCUUACGUGUUGUGCUGACAGUUAUUAUAGGGCUACUUGUGAGUUCACCGAUAAGGAAGCCAACGAGAGGUUAGGUUGUGCUAAAGUGGCUGCUGUUUAUACGAAGAUUAUUAGCUCUUCCAUCGCUGGAGCGUCUCUGCUAAUUGCUAUUGUGGAAAUAACAGGCGUAGUGAUAGCGUGGAAACUCUUCCAUUCAUUAAGGGAGGUGGAACAUUACAUCACGGAGAGGAAGGAAGGUGAAACAGAAUGCUAGGCCGUAAGUCAACCAGUAUUAUUAUCGUCACAACAUCCGAUGUCCCGCCAUACGAAACGAAACGAUUUGCCUGAAUUAACUUAGCCUUAAGUUGAGCUGUUUCCACGGCGCCUCUCGCUUAUUAUAAAUAAAUAAGUUUGCCUUUUUUUGUUUAAGGAAAAUCAAACUUUGUUUACGAUUGUUUAAGACUUUACACAUUCCUUUUGUGUCUGUUGUCACUGGACUUUUUUAUUUUUAAAUUAUACUAUUGUCUUUAGAAAAUCCCAUCGUGUAGUAACUUAGAUAUUAAGAUCCAGUUUAGUGACAACAGGUAUUUAAUUAGAAUCGUUCUUAGUCUAAGUAGAAUCUCUAAUGAAUGUUAUCUCAGAAUUCUUAACAUAAUAGGAGCUUUAUUGUAUGUAGCAUUAAAUACAAAAUUCUUCGAUAGCAUGACAUCAGUGGUCAAGUAUUUUGUGUAUUAAUAGCCUGUUGUAGCCAUUAUGGCGUUGACAUAAGAGUUGAUAUUGUGUGUUAUUGUGUAUAUUUAAUUGAGUAGAAGUGCUACUCCCAGGGUCAGAUGUUAAGAAGGAUUUGAGUGGGUCCAAUGGCUUGCAUCCUUUGCAGACAAUGGAAAUUAAUGAGGUUCAAUUGCCCCCUACCAAGAUAAUACUUUACAUUGGUUACGCAUACAUUGACGGUUGGUUUCGUAAUACAUUAAGUCGUUUGCGCAAACGAGAAACCAUGAACGUCGAUAAAGUUUUUUCGACUUAGUCGUGAUUUGUUCGGGUUCAGAAUUGAAUCCGAAUGCUUUGUAGAUUUUUAUUAUUGAUUUUAAUAACCUUUGGUUGAGUCUUGCGUCAUAUUUAUUUUCUCCACUUGUUUAUAAUUACGUCAUUUUUCCAAUACCAGUUCUUUGUUGACAGCGAAGAUUUCUUUCGUAGCUUAAAAAUCUCAUUUACUAGUAGGCGUCGAGUCACAUAAUAUGAAUCAUAGUUGAGUAGAACCGCUUUCACGAGUCGCAGCUACUUGCGUUCGAAAGGUCUGAGAAAAAUGUGACCUCAAAUUCGGUACUCUAUUGGCAAAGCACUGGUACCUUUUUGAGGCCGAGUUGCGUAACCAAUGGCCUGUGGUAGGGUGUUACCCAACACAAUGUUUGGUUUCGCUCCAUUGCUACAUCUGUAUAUGUUAAUUUUUACGUAACAUAAAAUAUAUUAUGCUGACAUACUUAAUAAAUAUUCUUUGAAAUUGAUGUAACUUAUUAGAAAAUUAUUAAAUGAUUAUUUGUUGUAUCUAUGUAUAAUUUUGUAAAAUGUGUUUCUUUUUCUGUUGAAAUGUGCUUCCGUCCUUAAUAAUAAUAAUAAAGCCAUAUUAUCAUAUUUCAAUAAUUAUUUAGGUAGAUUAUACUUUUGUAACAGUGUGUUUUAGACAUGCCAAAGACAAAUAGACGUACAAACCAUCUUUUUUAUAUACAAUAUAAACAAACAAGUGUAUUUUUGCAUGCAAUUAUGUAUAACUUUAUUUUUUAAUAAUAAUAAAUAAUGUUAGUUUGUCAAACACUACCGAUGUAAUAAAUAUAUAUUUUUUUGUAAUAGAGAUUUAAGUUAUUUUUUUACGAAUAAUUUAAUAAAUUUGUUAUUAUAAUUCGAAACUAGUCUUAAGUCGUUUCUUUUAUAAUAGAAAGAAAUAAAAAUGUUC